AUGAGAGUGCAGAAGGGCACGGCGGUCGAUGCGGCAUGGUCGUCACGUCUUGAUGUAACUAAAGUCAUCUGCACCUUCGCGAGUGAUGGCCGCGUCUUCUACGGCGUAGUCGCAGAGGUUCCUGAUUCACUCGUGUGGGAUUGGCCAGUUGAUCGCCAACUUCUAUGGGUUUUUGACGACGGAAACUCCGUCAAAGUAUGGCAAGAAUGUGUCGAGCGGCCUCGGCCGAGCAAUCCUGCUUGGGCGUCAUGUCUUCAGUCCAUUGUGGGCUGCUAUGAAAACGACGGCGGUAAUGUUUCAUACGCCGUCAGGUGGGACGGUUACGCAUGUCCCACGUGGGAAGCAGAGGAGGACAUGUCGAACUAUAGCCACCUGCUGGCAGAGCACGAUCAAGCCUGCGAGUGCGGGCGAAGGUCCUAG